AUGAUCGAGGAUAAUAAAAUCAACGAAUUCACUCUAUCAUUUCCGCACGUAAUCGAUAAAUAUCUUCCAGAAAUUACCUACAAAAAAGAGUUAAAACUGACAAUUACUGAUAAAAUUGGAAGAAGAUUAGAUGAUAUAAAGAAAACACAUUUAUUCUCAGAAACCGCUGCUAAUCAAUUUGCGUACAGAAAGUUCAUGGAGCUUUUACCUGAAAUUAUGGACGGGAAACGUAUUAAUUUUUUGUCUUUAUGGUUGAAGAUGGUAACGAACGUUGAACAAGAAAGAACGAGACUGAAAAUCAGAUCUUUGGAUAGUGAUAAUAUAGCAUUUUUAAUUUCUGAAGAACUGUUAAAUGUUCCAGAAUAUGCGAAUGUUUAA